AUGAUUGCUGCAACGGAGGCUGGUGGGUCAUCUGGUGACGGUGUCGUCAUGGGAUACGGUGGCGGACCACCAGAUGAUGGUGCUGCCACAAGAGGUGGUGGCAGGCCACCAGAUGAUAGUCAGGCCCGGACCGGCCCUGAUGAUGGUGCUAGUUCAAGAGACAAUGGCAGGCCACCGGAUGAUGGCGCUGCUUCAAGAGAUAGUGGCGGGCCGCCGGAGGGUGGGGCUGUUUCAAGAGAUGGUGGCAGGCCGCUGGAGGAUGGCGCUGCUGGAGUGUUGGUUGCUUCCAAUGACGCCAUUGGGUGUAUAGGGCUAUGCAGUGGUUCUGAUGGCUCACCCGUCAUCUUCUUUGUCAUGCGUGGUUAG